AAUAAAAUACACAGUUAAUUAUAACUGCAAAAUGUCCCUGAUUAUCUCAGUAGCCGGCUGAGGAUCUGUUCUUAUUCUAAAUGGAGAGAAGAGAGUCUUCAACUUUGACAGGGACAUGUUCAUCAAAAUACUUUCUUCAAAAGCAACCUCUCAGACUGUCACCGUGAGCAAGGGGCAAGACGCGAGCAUCGAACCCGAAUUUAUGUACUCCUGGUGUGAGCAGAUGGCACCACCACCCGGUUCCUUCAACAAAACCCCUCCAAGCCCCAAUGGCGGUGCCUGGAAAUAUCUUGGCUGCUUGAGUCUAACUAACUGGCUUCAGUUAGCAUCCAUUCGCUGGUGGGAAACGGGAUUUCAUUUGACAGCAGACUCUGCUCGUUUUCAGUAUGAUGCCCCCUUGUGGCCCCGCACCGAACAAGGAACCAAGCCACUGCCAAAGCACCAGGAAUAAUACAACUGCACGCACUGCGGCUUUGCGUGUCAGAAUUGUCCCCAGUUCCCGGUCAAUUCUAUCUUAUCUCGCUUCUCUUUUUUUAUUCAUCCUGCUCAAGAUAGUUAGAAGGAUGAAUUGAUCCUUACCCCAAGCAGGCGGCUAUUGUUAUUGUUGCACCUAUAUUGAAAGUGCCCGCGAUUCCCCUGAUGCCCUCCUCUUCUUCUGAUCAACCGCCGUCGCUAAGAUACAGUCCUCUGUACUGCCAAGAGAAUCUGGUUAACCUGGGGCUAAGAGCCGCGAGAGUCUAUAAUAAGAAACAUCUUGUCAGAACCAAAUCAUGAAAUUUGCUGCUUGGCUGGCCAAUCGCGUUGUUCCUCUCCUCGUGUGGCCUUUUGGCCGGACGCGGUGGGUGUGGAGGAGAAUGCAAGAAGUGCGGAUUUUUUUGUCUGCUGGGCGAGAUGCCUGGCGCUCUGCGGCUGUGGGUGGGGUGGACAUGCAAGGAACAUAAAGAGAUCCUUCGGGGUUUUCGUUGGGCCAAUCUGGGGGCUCUCCGUAUUCAGGGUCGCAAAACUUCUUCUGAGGGAACGGUAUGGCUGUCCCUUUGGCCCCGUCAGCUCGAAUUGCAGCCAUGUCAUGGGCCGUAUCGUGGGGGCUGAGAACCGAGCAUGUCCCUGGCUCGAGCCAACAUCCUGGCCGCCAACAUGGAGGGCCAGAAUAAUUUCCCUAAUGAGCUAAAUGUGCAAUACGAUAAUAACAGGAGCUAGACGGUGAACUGUGCUUUAUUAGAGACGCACGCGAUGCUCAGGUGUGGAUUUGCUGCUGAGAUUCGCCUAUAUAAACUUCCCCGACUACCCCCACCGAAUCGGAAUAUCUAUCACUCUAAACACCAACAUUUCAUAGUUCAUUAUCUGAUCUGCAUCUCGAAAGCUCCCCUGCCGAUCUCUAUAAAUCCAUUGUCUACGCCUCAAAAAAAAUUUCUAUCAUACAUCUUUGAUACCCAUUGGAUGUGAACAUAUUUCAAGACUCGCUCGCGCCCCAAAAGUUCUCUCUCCAAACUUUUUUAUAUCUUUUCAUAUAUAUUUCAUCAUUAAAUAUCACCUUAACCAUGCUCCUCAAAUCGAUCCUCGCCCUCCAGGUCCUGGCAUUGAGCCUGACUGCAGCCUCGCCAAUUAAUAAAGCUCCAGCUUGCCCAGGAGAGCGCAACGGGUACGAAACUGGAAAGUGCGCGCGUUCUCUGCCCCGGUAUCAAUCGCAGGCAGCCGGACCUGUAUGCUACAAGGGCACGCAAUUCCCAGCGGCUGAGGAAUGGCUUUCAUUCAAUGAGCUAUGGGCCAUUAAUAGCCCAGUCAUGUCAAAGUUCAAUAGCAAGUCUGAGAUGAACGCGAUUAAGAAAUAUAUUGGCGAAGCUGCGGCGGCGGCGGGAAUUGAUAAAGGAAUCUUCCUUACCAUCAUGAUGCAAGAAUCCAGAGGAAACGUCCGCACCGUCGCAGGCGACGGCGUGACGCCCGGCCUCAUGCAGGCCCUGGGCAGCCCGAGCUGUCUCGGCACCCCCUUCGGCGGCUGCCCCGACUCAACAAUUAGAGCCAUGAUCUUCGCCGGCGCACUAGGCACCGGCCAAACCGAGGGCCUGUCUACCUGCUUCAAGAAGAAUCGCCGCCAGUACGGCCCCAUGCUGCGCUGCUAUAAUAGCGGCAGCGUUGUUGACCCCCUGCGCUUGGAGAUUGUCAACUUCGGAACCCCCAGCUAUGUCAGCGACGUCGCCAACCGCCUGAGAGGGCUCGAGCCGCGCAGGGACUGCGGAUUUGAUGCUGCGACCCCAUCGCCGGGCUAUUGAGCACGGAGUGGUGGUUGAAAUGUUUAUAUAUGCAUCUGGCGUUUACGGUUUGGGUUUUCUGUGGGCGCUUUUUUGGUUAUACAAGCGCUGGUCGUGGUUUUAGCAUUGCUGUUUUGUACAGCUUGCUAUAUUGUUGCAUUUUCCUUUUCGUUUGUUUUUUCCUCUGAGAUUGUUUUCUUGAUAUCCAUAUUUCCGUAUGUUCUUGCAUAUAGAUGGUCCACGAGAUAGAUUCUCAUAGAUUCUGUUAUUUAAAACGAUACCAUACCUUUGGAUAUAUACAAAAUGUAACCCCUCAAAUAUCAUUUGUGGGAUGCAAGCCGUCUAAGAAAAGUCACUCCAAACUAAGUUCGAGAGCUCGAAGCUUUCAUAGGGAGUGACAGGGGCAUAGUUCAACUUUUUUUGUUUCUUUAUUU